ACAUCGACAUUGGGGCAUUCUAUUUCAAUAUGGCACCUCCCGACGAGGUGAAUAUGCGUCGGAUUUGGUGAAAAUAUUCCGGGAUAACUUGAGUUUAACCUUGCAUUGGCUGCUGCCUGCCUUCUCCGAUUGACCAUAGCUUUACGGAUCUGUUUGUGGUGUUACUGAGGCUUGGUUGUGGGGGCCAAAAUGUCGAAAACAGCCACGUGUGAAAGUGUUCUGGGCUUGCCGGUGCUGAAGAAGGCCGACGUAGAAGACUUACGGAGUGUCUUUCUGAAGUAUGCCACAGUUGAGAAGGAUGGGGAACAUUACAUGACCCCCCGGGACUUUGUCAUCAAGUACCUGGGGAUAGAGAAAGAAGAUGCCGACCAGACAACUCUCAACUUACUGGCAGGGGUCGUCGACGAAACCAAAGAUGGGUUGAUCUCGUUUGUGGAGUUCCAGGCGUUUGAGUCUCUGCUCUGCUCUCCUGAUGCCCUCUACCUGCUGGCUUUUCAACUCUUCGACAGCAAUGGCAAUGGAUACGUGUCCUAUGAUGAGUUUAAAAGCGUGAUGAGCCAGACCAGGAUCCACCAGCACAUACCAUUUGACUGGGAGGGGGAGUUUUGUAAAAUGUACUUUGGGUGGGACAAGAAGAAGGACCUCAGCUAUGCAGAAUUCACACAGCUGUUGCAGUCGCUUGCCUAUGAACAUGCGAGAGUCGCUUUUCGAGUGAGGGACAAGAACAAGAACGGUUUCAUCACGGCGCUGGACUUCAGUGACAUCAUGAUUACCGUCAGAAAACAUAUGCUGACACCAUUUGUAGAGGAGAACUUAGUUUCUUUGGUAGGAGGGAAGCAGGUGAGUUUCCCCUACUUCACCGGGCUGAACCACCUCCUGUCCAGCAUGGAGCUGGUCAAAAAGAUCUACAGACAAGUGGCCGGGCACAACCCCAAGGCAGAGAUCACCAGGGAGGAGUUCCUUAUAGCAGCCCAGAAGGUUUCUCAGGUAACCCCACUGGAGGUGGACAUCCUGUUCCACCUGUGUGAUCUCAUCAACCCUACAGGGAGAAUAACAUAUGAGGCUAUAGAGAGGAUAGCACCACUAGAGGAGGGAACACUACCGUACGAAAUGGUCGAAGCACAAAGGAGAAAGGAGGGCCCACAAGAGAACAGGGGGGUUUUAGUCCAAUUUGCAGAAUCAGCAUAUAGGUUCUUACUGGGUGGAAUAGCUGGAGGUUGCGGUGCCACGGCAGUUUACCCCAUAGAUUUAGUAAAAACCCGGCUGCAGAACCAGAGAAGCGGCUCCUACGUGGGAGAACUGAUGUACAAGAACAGCUUCGACUGUUUCAGAAAAGUCAUCAGGCACGAGGGUUUCUUCGGCCUGUAUAGUGGCUUAGUACCUCAACUGAUGGGAGUGGCUCCAGAAAAGGCCAUCAAGCUGACUAUGAACGACUUUAUGCGAGACAAAUUCACCACCAAGGGCGGUGAGAUUCCGCUUUAUGGAGAGAUCAUAGCUGGUGGGACUGUCAAUGACUUAGUACGAGACAAGUUUACUAACAAGAAGCGAGAAAUAGCUCUGCCUGCAGAAAUGUUGGCUGGUGGAUGUGGUGGCAUGUGCCAGGUGAUGUUCACCAACCCCCUGGAGAUAGUGAAGAUCAGGUUACAGGUGGCAGGAGAGAUCCAGUCAGGACCCAGGGUGUCCGCGCUGAACGUGUGCAGGGAGCUGGGAUUUGCAGGCCUUUAUAAGGGUGCAAGUGCCUGUUUUCUGCGUGACAUCCCGUUCUCUGCGAUCUACUUCCCUGUCUACGCUCACGGCAAAAAGUACCUGGCCGACGAGGACGGCCAUGUCAGUAUUCCCUCACUGCUCAUAGCUGCUACCAUUGCUGGUGCCCCGGCGGCAUCCCUGGUCACACCUGCCGACGUGAUCAAGACGAGACUCCAGGUGAAGGAACGAGAAGGCUUCACAGCCUACAAGGGUCUGUUUGACUGUGCCAGGAAAAUCUGGGCUGAGGAGGGAGGCAAGGCCUUCUGGAAGGGAGCUCCUGCCCGUAUGUUCCGUUCGUGCCCCCAGUUUGGUGUGACCCUGAUGGUGUACGAGGUCUUACAGAGAACGUUCUACAUCGACUUUGGUGGAAGGCGACCUGAAGGGUCAGAGGUCAAGAAGGCCCCGAGCAUCAUGGAUCUCCCUCCACCGAAUCCGGACCACAUCGGCGGCUACCGCCUCGCAGUGGCCACGUUUGCCGGCAUCGAGAGAAAGUUUGGUCUCGCCCUCCCCAAGUUCACCCCCUCAGAAAUUAUUCAGGCUCAAGUCAAAAAGGAGGUGGAGGUUAGUUUGGAGACGUCACAGUUUACCAAGGAGGUAGCGCAGAACGCCACAGCUAUGUUUGACUGGUCUGGAAUGUCGUUCGACACCAAGCGGAAGUUCGACUCCAUCACAAACAUCGGCAGCGCCGCCCUGCAGAAUCAAACCAAACUGGAGCGGUUGACGAACGUGCAGGCUGAGAUGAGGCGUAUCUACAGCACGGCUAGAGUGUGUGAGACUGUGGGCGGGCAGGAGCAGUGUAUGGUGUUCGAACCGGACCUGACGCGAGAGUUGGCGAGCGGACGCGACUAUGACCGUCUACAGUUUAUCUGGGACGGCUGGAGGGCGUCUGUGGGGCCGCCGCUCAGGCCGCUCUACCAGGAGUUCGUCACGCUCAGCAACGAAGCAGCGGCGGCAAACGGUUUUUCGGACACCGGUGCGAGCUGGAGGUCCUGGUACGAGGUGGACACGUUCGAGCGGGAUCUGGAGAACAUCUACGAGGAGCUGAAGCCGCUGUACCUGAACCUGCACGCCUACGUCAGGAGGAAGCUGAGGGACACGUACGGCAGCAGGGUCAGCCUCACAGACCCCAUACCUGCUCAUCUGCUCGGUAACAUGUGGUCCCAACAGUGGAACAACAUCUUUGACCUGGUGGAGCCGUAUCCCAGCAAGCCUGGCGGCAUUGACGUCACACCCAAGAUGGUGGAACUGAACUACAACGCCACGCGAAUGUUCCGCGUGUCUGAGGAGUUCUUCACGUCGCUGGGACUGGGCGCCAUGCCGGACUCCUUCUGGGAGAAGUCCAUGAUCGUCCGGCCCACUGACGGCAGGGAGGUCGUCUGUUACGCCUCGGCCUGGGACUUCAACAAGGACAGGGACUUCAGGAUUAAACAGUGUACAGAUGUUACAAUGGAGGAUCUUCUGACUGUACACCACGAAAUGGGACACAUACAGUACUACAUACAGUACGCCGACCAGCCUCUUAUUUACAGAGGAGGCGCUAACCCAGGGUUCCAUGAGGCAGUAGGGGACGUGUUGGCUCUGUCCGUAGCCACACCGAAACAUCUCAACCAGAUCGGUCUGCUGGACGAAGUGACCGAGGAUCCUGACGCCGACAUAAACUUCCUGAUGGCGACUGCCCUGGAGAAGAUCGCCUUCCUGCCGUUCGGGUAUCUGAUAGACCAGUGGCGCUGGCGGGUUUUCGACGGGAGCGUCGGGCCGGAUAACUACAACGCCGAGUGGUGGAGACUCAGGACGAAGUACCAGGGAAUAAAGCCCCCGAGCACAAGAGAUGAGACCCUGUUUGAUCCUGGCUGCAAGUUCCACAUCCCUAAUAACACACCCUACAUCAGGUACUUCGUGAGUUUCGUGAUCCAGUUCCAGUUCCACGAGGCGCUUUGUCGGGAGGCCGGACACACCGGUCCCCUCCACACGUGUGACAUCUACCGGUCAACAGCCGCAGGGGAUAAACUCAAGGCUAUGCUACAGAUGGGCACAAGUCGGCCUUGGCCUGAAGCUAUGGAGGCUAUCACAGGGCAAAGGUCGAUGACCGCUAGUUCCCUCCUGAAGUACUUCAAGCCCCUGACAGACUGGCUGAAACAGAAGAACUGGGAGAACAGGGAAAAACUCGGUUGGGACGCCGAGACGUGGCAGGACGCCAAGGAUCCAGCUACCAGUUUUGCUCCGGCUCUACAAGCAACCCUUCCCGUCAUGCUGCUGGCGUCAAUGGCGGCCAUCUUGUUUCGGUGUUGA